GUGUCUCAGUAACGUCACAGAUACAGCGAUUCUUCAGGGCUUGAGCAGAUGGACACAGGCUGAUAAGCACUUUCUCUUUCUCAGCCCUGUUUUCUGCUCCAUCUUCUUUUUACCAAACAUUUACACCGCGUGUGCGAGUGCGCGUCUGUGCAUUUAGGCUGCCACUUCAACCAGGAGAUAGAAGCCGAGGCGUAGGCAGCGUAGGCGCCAUGCAAACCCCAGAGGCUGGCGCUGACUCCUCGUCCACAGUGCCCCUCCAGACCAGUGUGCCUGUGCAGCCUGCUGUUACUACCCAGCAGGUGCCCACUCAGGUGCCCGUCCAGCAACAGGCACAGACUGUUCAACAGGUGCAGCAUGUGUACCCGUCCCAGGUGCAGUAUGUGGAGGAGAACAGCGGUGUCUACACCAACGGAACCAUCCGCACAUACUCUUACUCUGAGCCGCAGCUGUACAGCCAGAACAGCAGCGGGAGCUACUUUGACACGCAAGGCGCCGUGCCCCAGGUGAGCACAGUGGUGACGACUCACAGCUUGGCCAACAACGGCAGCACUAACGGCGGGCUGACUAUGGGCCUCACGGGUGGUCAGAUCAUCAGCAGCUCGGGGGCCUACCUGAUCGGGUCUAAUGCUAUGGACGGCUCCGCCCCUCACACAGCAGCACAGACUACUAGGGCCUCUCCUGCUACGAUUGAAAUGGCGAUUGAGACGCUCCAAAAGUCUGAGGGUUUGUCCAGUCAGAGAAGUUCACUGCUCAACAGCCACCUGCAGUGGCUUCUGGAUAACUAUGAGACUGCAGAGGGGGUGAGUCUGCCUCGCUCCACACUCUACAGCCACUACCUUCGCCACUGCCAGGAGCAGAAGCUCGAUCCUGUCAACGCUGCAUCAUUUGGGAAACUCAUCCGCUCCAUCUUCAUGGGCCUGCGCACACGCCGCCUUGGAACCAGAGGGAACUCCAAGUAUCAUUAUUACGGGAUACGUGUGAAGCCAGACUCACCGUUGAACCGGCUGCAGGAGGACAUGCAAUACAUGGCACUGCGACAGCAGCCUGUACAUCAGAAACAGAGGUUCAAGUCUGUGCAGAAAGCAGAUGGCUUUUUAGGGGAUAACUACGCAAACACCGGGCAUCACAAUCCCAAUGCCGCCGAACAGACAGUCCUCGCACAGAGCCAGCACCAUCAGCAGUUCUUGGACGCAUCUCGGGCCAUCCCCGAGUUUGUAGAGCUGGAUCUUGGAGAGAAUGGAGUGGAUGGUAUCAGCAUGGAAGACAUUAAAGCUCUUCAGAUACUGUACAGAGAGCACUGCGAGGCAAUCUUGGAUGUAGUGGUAAACCUUCAAUUUAGCUUGAUAGAGAAGCUAUGGCAGACGUUCUGGCGCUAUUCCCCUUCCAACUCAAUAGAGGGCAUCACUAUGACAGAAAAUAGUGGGAUGAGCGAAAUUGAAGGACGUCUGCCACGUGCCAGACUCUUGCUCCUGUGCCACAGUGAGGCUGUGCUGAAGUGGAUGAACACCUGUGAUCACCUGAUGUACCAGGCUCUAGUGGAGAUCCUCAUCCCUGAUGUCCUCAGACCCAUUCCUAGUGCCUUGACUCAAGCCAUCCGUAACUUUGCCAAAAGCCUUGAGGGCUGGCUCACCAACGCCAUGAGCGCCAUUCCGCAGAAAAUGAUCCAGACCAAGGUAUCCGCUGUUAGUGCCUUUGCGCAGACCCUGCGCAGAUACACGUCUCUGAACCACCUGGCACAGGCCGCGCGUGCUGUCCUGCAAAACACCUCACAAAUCAACCAGAUGCUCAGUGACCUGAACCGUGUGGAUUUUGCCAACGUGCAGGAGCAGGCAUCAUGGGUCUGCCAGUGCGAGGAGGGCAUGGUGCAGAGACUGGAGCAAGACUUCAAGGCUACGCUGCAGCAGCAGAGCUCCUUAGAGCAGUGGGCCGCCUGGCUUGACAGCGUGGUCAGUCAGGUCCUCAAGCCCUAUGAGGACAGGCCGAGUUUCCCUAAAGCGGCCCGCCAGUUCCUGCUGAAGUGGUCCUUUUAUAGCUCAAUGGUGAUCAGAGACUUGACCCUGCGCAGUGCUGCCAGUUUUGGUUCCUUCCACCUGAUCCGACUGCUGUAUGAUGAGUACAUGUUCUACCUGGUGGAGCACCGUGUCGCCCAGGCAACCGGAGAGACGCCCAUUGGGGUUAUGGGAGAGUUUGAUGACCUGAAUGCCAUGUCACCUACUAACAUUGAUAAAGAUGAAAUAAGCGAGAUGGACAGUGAGCUUGAUGAGGAGAUGCACGAUGCAGGUGAGCCGCUGGCCAAGCAAGAGAAAGCAGAGGCUGAGGUGAUUCAGGUGUUGCAGGUGGGGACUAUGGAGGACGGAAGCAGCGCUGUGGUGGGCGUGGUGCAGCCGGAAAUGCUGGGUACUAUUGGGCUGCAGCAGCAGUCCACCAUCCGUCACUGCGGUGGGGCCGGGAACGCCUAUGCCUCUGUGUGACACUUUCACCAGCGCUCUCAUUCUCUCUCAAAUUUUAUUUUUCUUAUCCCUCCACAUGACCCCUCCUAGUUGUGCUCAUUAACAUCUCAUCUUUCUGUCAUCAUGUAACAUGCUCUCUUAGUCAGCAGGGUCUGACCACAACACUAUAUCAGCAGAUGCUUCAGUCCUGUACUGCCAUUAUAAGAACUUCAUUGUGUGGUCAGUCUAGCUGAAUCGGAGCAACCCUUGAAGCAGGAAGGUGCUCAAUGUUUAAGUCUGUAUGCUGAAAAAAGAGUUUUUUUUUUUUUCUGUUUUUUUCCCCCCAACUGACCAAGAACUCAAUUCCAAGCCACUAGCUCCACAGGAAAAACAAACACCACUGAAUUUCACUGUAUGUGUACCGUUGGCCAUUGCCCCCCCACCCCAUGUGGCUUUGUCAGAAAUCUUGCUGUUUAUUGUGCUGCUAUAACCUCAAGUGAGCUGUGCAGAGAUGUCCAGUCUCUUCCUUGAGCCGUUCUCCUUACCUACUGUUUGUCAGAUCAGUCUGGUCUUAGGAGAGGAUUCAUUUUACAUCCUCUAUGUAUCCAGUGCAGACCUGGUGAGUUUGAUGGUUUUGUUGGGAGAAAUAUAUAUUUAUUUAUUUGGCUUGUUUGAUUGAUUGAUCGGACCAAAAAACAAAACAAAA